AUGGUCCUCCUGACUUUCAGUGCCAUUGGCGUAGCAUUCACGUGGGGCAUGGAAAUGACAUACUGCACGCCCUACCUGCUCAACCUUGGUCUUACGAAGAGCAACACCUCGUUGGUAUGGAUCGCAGGGCCGUUGUCCGGGCUCAUCGUCCAGCCCGUGGUCGGCGUCAUUUCGGACGAGAGCAAAUCGAGAUGGGGCCGGAGACGGCCUCUGAUGGUUAUCGGCACGAUCAUCGUGGCCCUCAGUCUGCUGGUUCUGGGGUUCACGAAGGAGAUCGUAGGGUUGUUUCAGAAGGAUGAGGAGAAAGCCCGUCGCCCGACUAUUGUUCUGGCCGUCUUGGCCAUCUAUGUCGUCGACUUUGCCAUCAAUUCAGUCAUGUCGUGUUCGAGGAGCCUGGUUGUUGAUACACUUCCUAUUGAGAAGCAGCAAACUGGCGCUGCUUGGUUCAGUCGAAUGUCCUCGGUUGGCAGUUUAAUCGGUUAUGCCGCUGGGGCCGUAGACAUGGUCAAGGUCUUUGGCACCACAUUUGGUGAUACCCAGUUCAAGCAACUCACCAUAAUGGCUGUGUUUGCGAUUACGACGACAAAUGCCCUGACCUGUUGGGCUGUUACCGAGAGGGUCCUAAUCUCGCCCAAGGCUGAUGCCAGCAACGAGGGCCGCCUGAAAGUGUUCAAGCAAAUAUGGAACACAAUAUCCAACCUUCCUCCGCGAAUCAAGGCUAUCUGCUGGGCUCAGUUCUGGUCUUGGAUUGGAUGGUUCCCCUUCCUCUUCUAUAGCACCACUUGGGUUGGCGAGACUUACUUCCGAUACGAUGCCCCUAAAGACGCCAAAUCAUCCACCGACGCGCUUGGCGACAUGGGCCGCAUUGGCAGCACGGCACUCGUUAUUUACUCGGCCAUAACAUUCGCCGGUGCUUUCAUACUCCCGUUCUUCGUGGAGUCGCCUGAAGACCAAACUUUUACGCACCGUCCGCCAAAGUACAUGGCUGGCUUCUUGGUCAAGAUAGAGAAGAUGAAACCGAACCUUCUAACGGCCUGGAUAUGCGGGCACCUCAUGUUCUCCUGCGCCAUGUCAUUGGCACCAUUUGCCACAAGCUUCCGCUUCGCAACUCUGCUUGUUUGCCUGUGUGGUUUACCCUGGACUCUCGCCUCGUGGGCACCCAGCGCAUUUCUGGGCGUAGAGGUCAACAGACUCGGUGGCACUACUACGACUGAGAACGGGACAGGCCACUACCGGCGUCUAUCUGAUGCCUCUGAUAUCGAGAUGCCUUCUCUGGCCUCCAGUGGGGGCGCAUUGCACCUUGAGCACGACCCUGAGCCUGAGGACGGCGGCACACAUGCUUCAACAGGAGAAUUGUCCGGUGUCUACUUUGGCAUUCUGAACAUAUUCACAACUCUGCCACAGUUUGUCGGCACCUUCAUAUCGAUGAUCGUCUUUUCGAUCCUAGAACCCGGCAAAAGCCCAGAGUUGGCAAAUCCCGAUGAAGAGGCCCCAAGCGCGACAGGCCCCAACGCAAUCUCGGUCUGCUUGUUUAUCGGUGCGAUGAGCACUCUGUACGCAGCAUACGCAACCCGGAAGCUGAAAUACUUGUAA